GGUCGAAGCGAGACGUUUCGUAACGCAACGGGGCAAAGGUUCCGACCCGACGGAAGACGCGACGCCGAAGCGAGAGAACAUUGAGACCGCACGAGAGGGCGAGGGCGGUGGUGGAUACGCGAUGCAGCAGCUCCAGCACCACCAGAGAUCCACCGGUGGGCCGAAUGCGGCCGGGCCGGCUCCGGGGCCGCCGAGGAGGCGGUGCGAGGGCACGGCCAUGGGCGCCAUAACUCUCGACCUCCGCCCCGGCUUCGGCAUCGGCCCCUUCAACCUUGGUAUGCCAUUACAUGAAGCAUUUGCUCAAGUUGAGCAUCAACCCAACAUAUAUGAUGUGGUCCAUGUGAAGUAUCUUGAUGAGGAGCCUCUAAAGUUGGACAUUGUUAUUAGUUUUCCGGAUCAUGGUUUUCAUCUGCGUUUUGAUCCUUGGACACAGAGGUUGCGUCUCAUUGAGGUUUAUGAUGUCAAACGGUUACAGAUGCGUUAUGCAAAUUCUCUAAUUGGUGGUCCUUCAACAUUAGCCACCUUUGUAGCAGUCUAUGCACUUUUUGGACCCACGUAUCCUGGAACUUAUGACCAAGUUAGAGGAAUUUAUACAUUAUUUUAUCCGGGGUUGUCUUUUGCUUUUCCCAUUCCAAGCCAAUAUACAUAUUGCUGCCAAAAUGGAGAAGUCUCAGCAGAGUUGCCUCUUGAGUUUCCUGAUGGAACAACUCCAGUUGCAUGCCGUGUCUCUGUGUAUGAUGGUUCUUCAGAUAGUAAAGUUGGUGUGGGAUCACUUCUUGACAAAGCUUCAGUUCCUCCGCUGCCUGCUGGCAGUCUAUACAUGGAAGAGGUGCAUGCUAAGCUAGGAGAAGAAUUAUGGUUCACUGUUGGAGGUCAGCACAUUCCUUUUGGUGCAUCACCUCAGGAUGUUUGGACGGAGUUAGGUCGUCCUUGUGGAAUCCACCAAAAGCAGGUUGAUCAAAUGGUUAUCCACUCUGCUUCAGAUCCCCGUCCUCGGACAACUCUUUGUGGAGAUUACUUUUAUAAUUAUUUCUCUCGUGGUCUGGACAUUUUAUUUGAUGGACAGACACAUAAAAUCAAGAAGUUCGUGUUGCACACAAAUUUUCCAGGGCAUUCAGACUUCAAUACAUAUAUGAAAUGCAACUUUGUUAUCUAUGACUCUGAUGGAACAAUUCAACCCGGUAAUACUUCUAAAAAUUGCAUCACGCCAAACACAAAAUGGGAACAAGUAAAGGAGAUUCUUGGGGAUGGUGGUCGUGCUGCAAUUCAAACACAAGGUUCAAUGACCAAUCCAUUUGGAUCAACUUUUGUCUAUGGAUACCAAAAUGUGGCAUUCGAGGUUAUGAAGAAUGGUUAUAUAGCUACUGUUACUCUGUUCCAAUCUUAAGGAUUACGCUGGGUUUUCACAUGAAACUUGAUGGGAAGCUAGCAUGCUCCUCCAUAAUUCGUGCUGUGGAUUCAGUCUUGUAUGGGUGUGUAAUGCUCUGUACAGUGCAAUUAAUUUCUUUUUCAUGACUUGUAUCAUUCUGUAAAUUAAAUAUACUUUAUUGGAAAAGUUUAUUUGCCCAAUGACUUCAUAUAUGAA